AUGACUACUUGUGAACUUUCCACCACAACAGAGAGUCUUUCUGGUGAUGAGCUGCCAAACAGUGGCGAUUAUCAAAAAGGCGUCAAGUACAUUACUGAUACGUGGCCAAUUUUGUCCAAGCUACCUUCAGAAUAUGUUUUGCCAUUAACCACUAAUCCAUUAUUAGUCAGUCAUGAUUCAAUUCCUGUCAUCGAUUUAAGUGGUCUCAAUGGAUCGGCUGAGUCUAGAAUGAUGACUAUUCAGGCCCUCGAUUCUGCCUGUUCCGAGUGGGGAAUCUUCGUGGAAAUGCUUAAGGCCGUGGUAGGAUUUUUCAAUCUCUCUUGGGAAGAGAAGACGAAAUAUAAUACGAAUAGUCCAAUGAAUCUACCUGGUGCUGGGUACGGAACAAGCCUGCAUACAUCCUCCAAGUAUUCUCUCUGGAGGGACUAUAUGAGACAUCAUGGGCAUGGCCGUCCUCUUCAUAGCAGCUCUAAUCUUUGGCCUAGCAAUCCCUCUAACUACAGCCAAGGAAUUUAUAGAGGAGGUUUGGCAGUUGCAACUGAAGUAGCAAGUGCAUUAUCAGAAGCUUUAGGACUUGACAGUUAUUACAUAGAGAAGUCACUUGGAGAAGAUUUUCAAGUCAUUGGUUCUAAUUAUUACGCGCCAUGUCCAGGGCCACACCGAACACUUGGGAUACCUGAACAUUCUGAUCAUGGCGGACUUACAGUUUUGAUGCAAAAUGAUGUCGAUGGCUUACAAGUUGAACAUGAUGGAGAGUGGGUUUCUGUUGGAAUCGUGCCGGGGUCUUUUGUUAUCAACAUAGGAGAUUACAUGGAGAUUUUGAGCAAUGGAAGGUACAAAACUUUGAAGCAUCGAGGUGUGACAAGUGCACAAAGAACAAGAAUAUCAAUAGCUGUGGGCAAUGGUCCUGGGCUGACCUCCAUAGUUGCACCCGCAAGCCCACUGUUGGAUGAGAAGAGUGAGAUCAAAUACCCUAACCACGUCACGUACAAAGAGUACAUGGAACUACAUCAGAACGGCACCAUAAGAGGAAAAAGUCCAUUGCAAGCCAUGAAUGAUUUACAAGUCAACAAAUGA